UGAGCUUGCCCGCGCCCGCGGGACGAAAUAGAUUUUCCCAAGCGCCUUCCGGUCUCUGUCCAGAUUUCUCUUGACUCUCCCACCUCCUCUAUUUAUACCUAGCAACUCCUGCGUUCUGAAUUGGUCCUUUCACUCUAUCCAUCAUUUACCACUCCUAUAACCCCUCUAUCCCUCCCAAUGGCUACCUACGCUUUGUCCAACUCCCACAAGGAGGUAAUUUCGUCAUCGAUGCUGUGUGCGGGGAUCAUUCGCCACUAACUUUUUUUCUGAAUAGUUGAUGGAACAGCACCUCAAGGAUUUGGAUCCUGAAGUUGCUGAGAUCAUUGAAAAAGAAAUUCAACGACAGAAAGAAUCCAUCCUUCUCAUUGCUUCUGAGAAUGUCACUUCCCGCGCUGUUUACGAUGCCUUGGGUACCCCCAUGUCCAACAAGUACUCAGAAGGCUACCCCGGUGCUCGUUAUUACGGUGGUAACCAGCAUAUCGAUGCCAUCGAGUUGACUACCCAGGCUCGCGCAUUGAAGGCCUUCAACCUCGACCCUGCUAAGUGGGGCGUUAACGUUCAAUCGCUUUCCGGAAGCCCUGCCAACUUGCAGGUCUACCAGGCUCUCAUGAAGCCUCAUGAUCGUCUCAUGGGUCUCGAUCUGCCCCACGGAGGUCACUUGAGUCACGGUUAUCAGACUCCCCAGCGCAAAAUAUCCGCUGUUUCUACCUAUUUUGAAACUUUCCCCUACCGUGUCAACGCAGAGACCGGCAUCAUUGACUACGACACCCUCGAGGCUAAUGCUCAACUCUACCGUCCUAAGAUCCUUGUCGCUGGUACCUCCGCGUACUGCCGCUUGAUCGACUAUGCUCGUAUGCGCAAGAUUGCUGACUCUGUUGGCGCCUACUUGGUUGUCGAUAUGGCUCACAUUUCCGGUUUGAUCGCUGCUGGCGUCAUUCCUUCUCCUUUUGAGUACGCUGAUGUCGUUACUACCACUACUCACAAGUCUCUACGUGGUCCUCGUGGUGCUAUGAUCUUUUUCCGCAAGGGUGUGCGCAGCACCGACGCUAAGACUGGAAAGGACAUCUUGUAUGAUCUCGAGGGUCCUAUCAACUUCUCUGUCUUCCCUGGCCACCAGGGUGGUCCUCACAACCACACCAUCACUGCCCUUGCAGUCGCCCUUAAGCAAGCUGCCACUCCCGAGUUCCGUCAAUACCAGGAACAGGUGAUCAAGAACGCCAAGGCUGCCGAAGUUGCGUUCAAGGAGCUCGACUACAAGCUGGUUUCUGGUGGUACUGACAGCCACAUGGUCUUGGUCGAUCUGCGUCCUCAGGCUCUUGAUGGUGCUCGUGUCGAGGCCGUCUUGGAGCAAAUCAACAUUGCCUGCAAUAAGAAUGCCGUUCCUGGCGACAAGUCGGCUCUGAGCCCUGGAGGUAUCCGUGUUGGAACACCUGCUAUGACCACCCGAGGCCUUGGAGAGGAAGACUUCAAGCGUGUAGUGGGUUACAUCGACCAGGCUGUCAAGCUUGCCAAGAGCAUCCAGAGCCAACUGCCCAAGGAGGCCAACAAGCUCAAGGACUUCAAGGCCAAGGUUGCCUCUGAAACCAUACCUGAGAUCCUCAACCUGCGCAAGGAGAUUUCUGCUUGGGCCAUCACCUUCCCUCUCCCAGUUUAAACGAUUUAUGAUGACUGCGUAUGUGCCUUUGCAAGUUUUUUGACGUGUCUCAUGAAAGAAAAAAGUUCAACCUGAUGAUUUCUGUUUUGCUAUGUUAUAUAUGAUGAAAGGUGGCAUUACAUAUCGUAUUUACGUCGACUUGGAAGGGAGCUUGGGUUGGCAUUCAGAUAUGUGUUUUAUUUUCAACCUUAUAUGCAUUGUUCUAUUUCAUUUGUUUUAUGUACAAGUGUUUGCCCCGGGAUGGCCCGCUUCAACAGGGUGAUAAACUUCAACGUUUAAGGCAUCC